CAACCGCAAGGGCUGUUGCAUGAAGUCGGCCGGCAGCCCCUUAACGUUGGUUUCGCUGCAUUAACGCUGAUCCUCCGUAUCCUGCUCUAGAUCAGCGGUUUCCAAGAGCACAGUGGCGAGUGUCGACCGGCUGAGUAGCGGCCUAAUUUAAUCUACGCCGUCCUAAAGUGCCACUUGUGGCCGUCCCUGCGACUGCGGGCCCGCAUGUAGAAGUGGCGGCGGUCAGGCCGUGAGGAUCAAUUCACGUCCGCAAGAUCGCGGCAACGGUGCAGCGAUGACAAGCCCAGCUGAAGUGGCGCCCGAGGAGCGCCUGUCGGCCCCCAACCGUAGCCCACCACGCCGCCCACCCGUCACACAGCUAGAAUUCAGACAGGCAAUGCGUGACUUCCGGAGCAUGUUUCCCGAGAUGGAGGCGGUGGUCAUCGAAGCGGUGCUUCGUGCCAACGGCGGCGCCGUGGAUGCCAGCAUUGACCAGCUGCUCGCCAUGGCCACGGACAACGACAACGAGCGGCUGCGCACCGAGCUGGAAGCCACAGAAAACGCCGAGGCACCCCCGCACUACUCCCCGCCUCCGGCAGCGCCCACACCUCCCCCUUCCUACCAACAGGCCACGUGCGCACCCACAGCAGCACAGGCCAAUCAGGGGACCCCUUCCUCAGGCACCCAGGAGGAAGCUCGCGCCUGGAAGCCACCCCUGCUUGGCCCAUUGCCACCAGGUUUUCUGCGGAUCAGCCGCCCACACCAUCGACCCAGUAGCAGUCCCCCUCAAUCACAGGCAGUGACGGCUGCAACGGGGGAGCUGAGCACAGCCAUGCUGCAACAGCGCAUGGCCGAGAAUGUGCGGCAACAGCGCCGUCUCUCCUCCGGUGGUGCGGCGGAGGCUGAGACGCAGCUUCUCGAGGACGAACGCAUGGCCAUCCUGCUGCAAAACCAGGAGUUCAUGCGACAGCUGCAGAGCAACCGCGACUUCAUACGCACCCUCAACCAAGACAUCCAGAGCCAGGAGAUGGAGCGGAGUGCUGGAUUGGUCCCCGAUGACGGACGUCCAGCCACUGAAGCCACUGAAGACGAACCUUGGGGAACUCUUCCACACACAGAGGAGACGGAUGCAGCCUUUCGGGAGCGGCUGAAGAACAUGGGCAAAGCAUCAAGACGGAAGUUUGCUCAACUGGCUCGACUGUUUCAUCGGACCAAGAAAUGCCACUUCCGCCAGAUGCUGGGCGAUGCGGCCAACCCGUCGCGUGACAACUUGCUGCUACACGAGGACCCUGGCUCAUCAGAAGAGGAUGCUGAAGCACGGCUUCACCAAGAGCAGCGACAGGCACAGCCAACCAAGGGCUGUCCUGGCAGCUCUCCACUGGGGGGUGACAGCCGGUGAUUACCACUGUCCGUUGCCCUACGAAAGUUCAGCUGUGAUGCCCCCCUUCCAGGAGGGUGGCUGUAACCCUGCUCCGCACCCACUGUCCCCCCCUUCUGCAUCGCUUGCACCAGCAUCUCCCGUCUGCAGCAGCAGCUGUGCGCAUUCCACUACGCAAGUCGAUGCCAUGAGAGGAUGUGACGUUGGGCUCGCAUUUGUAAUAAGGUCGACACUAGGACGAGUAAGUUAUGUUAACCCCUUCCGUGCCAUGGAAGAACUGGGUUUAUCCAAGCAUUUCUGGUAAAAACAGCCAAGGACAAGCUCAGCUUGUCAACGGUACUUCUCAUUUUCUAGCAAUGCCAUGGACGAGCUCCUUUUGUCUCGGCAUUUUGUUGUGCUUUUGAUAGAUGGCAGCACGCAAUCCAUGGGGCAACCCAAGCAGGAGAGAAGUUAUUCUGGCAGAGUAAGUAAAGCAAGUUGUUAACUGGGGUGUUUAAAUAUAAUUUGGCCAUUUUUGGUCAAUAUUUGGGAUAAUAGCAUGGCACGGAAGGGUUUAAGGGUUGGCUGAUGGAUGAAGAAAAUGCACUUCUGGUGUCCCCAUUUUUUCAUCCUCAUCCAUUGUGCUACCCUUAACUUAUAGUGGCAUUAUUAUGCUGUGCAAAAAAAUGAAUAACAGCAUGCUGCAAAAAUUAGCCUGCUCAAUUCGGGGCAUGACACAAGUGCAGCGCACAGCAUCGAGGUGUGCUAAGAAAAUAGAUGUGCAGUUAGCGGGAAAAAGUACAAACACAGGCACUGACUACCAGCACCUCUGUUUGUGCUUUUUUCCACUAACCACUCACCUAUUUUUGUAACGCACUUCGAUGCUGUGCGCUGCAAUUGCAUCAUAAACUUUGGGCAACUCACCAAGUUUACUAUCCUGAUACAUUCAGGACAGGAACCUUGCUACUGAUUGAAGGUAUUUGUGGCACUUUUAGCGCAGAGUAGACGAGGACAGAGGAACAGCACUGACGACAUGCACAAUUCAUGUCUUCGUCCUUGUCUGUGUUGUACGAGUCACAGAGUUUCCUGCAAUGCCACCUGGAGGGAAAUUCGGGAAUGCCAGAGUGUGGAAGAUUCAUCUUGUCUUGAAUGCGGCUUGGGCUCUAAUGUGGUCACAAUUUCGCGAACACAGUUCUCUUGGAUGUGUCCUCAUAAUGAGCCUUGGUACUCCCGUAAUGCACCGUGCAUUUGAGCCUGCCUACUUCAAAUAUAGCUAGCAAACAAAAAAGACACAAAUGUACAAGUGAAACCACUAAACAGGGAGCAUGGACCUUCAUGUCAUUUCUCCAAAUUUAGUGACUAUUUAUAUUUAGUGGUACUAUUUACGUUUCACAUAAAUGUAUGCACUAGUGUGAACAAUUAUGUUUUAAAUAAUUAAUAUAUUACAUACCAGGUGGUGUUCAAAACAUGGUGCCUAUGAUGUGUUUAUGGUGCCUACAGUACACAAUGGCGUGGCUUCUGAGAUUAGUUUCCAUUAGUCUAAGGGAGCUGUCACUGAGGGGUGCAGUGAAGACACUAUCUUGCUAGUUGUUUUUGGUGAGACUAAUCCGACUGACUGAACACCUAUACCACUCUCUCCAAGAAACAUGCAAAUCCAUAGCCCCUACUUCCUGUCACUCUCAUGCAGACGACAACACUGUAGCAGCACUUUUCCCUCUAGGUAAAAUUGUAAGAAACUUUGUGAUACAAGCACUGUGCUAAUGGGUGAGAUGGUAGUUCACACUUUUUUGCACAGCGUGAAAGAACAAGGCAGAAAAGACUGGUCAGUCGUUGUUCUGUUGUUCCAUUCCAAGUGUAGCAGGCCAAAGAAUGCGGCAUAAGCACCCUUGCCAAACAAGGCAGAGAGCCAUGUGUGCUCCUCAGAGUUGCCAUCUUAGUGGAUUUUCCAGCUAGAUCUAGUGGGUUUUGCUGCAAACAGCAGCUAUAAGCUUAGAAAAUUGUGUGAGUUGUGUUUGAAUUUCUUUGUGCAUUUGUUAAUUUGUCACACCUUGGCUUAAAUGUGCUGCACACAACUAAUCUGGCUAAAGCAAACUUAGUUCAUGCAGGGUGCCUUUCUUUGUACACAUAAAUAAGAGCACCAGGUAUAUGUGACUCUCACAACUGCUGGCUCAAACAUGCUCAAGUUUUUCACAGACGUGGUGUUUCACCAUGCAUGCAGGUUUUAAUGUAUGAAGUUUGAAUGAGAAGAGGGAAACUGUGGGGCCCGAUUUUUGUUAAUAACUACCAUAUGAAGCCAACAGAUAAUGAAGCAAAGGAAAGCACAGGGGAAAUUAUUUGUUGUUUUAAUUUAAGUGUAGAAACGAUAAGCUAAAGAGAAGUGAAAGCGUGUGCAAAAAACAACUUGCCGCCACUGGGGGCUGAACCCACACCCACCUCAUUACGCAUGUGUUGCUCAACCAACUCAUACAGCGGUCGCUGUUCCCACAUGCAAAUUCUUCUAUUGGAUUAUGCAUGCAAGAUCUAACCCUGGGAGCAUUAACCAGCUCCACUCGUGGCCAUUGCAGUGGAUAUCCUGUUUGUGUGCAUUACAUGCAUCUUUCAUCAGAAGACUUAAAGUAUGUGUUGUCUGCAGCUAUGCCUUUCUUUAUUGACUUAAGCCCACUUAGAAUAAAUUAAGGAGACGCAAGGUAAAAAGAUGCUGUGACGGAGCUUGAAGGGUCCUUGGCCCCUGCUAUGAAGGCAGCAUGGUGUAACGUGUAGAACAAAUGUCGGUUAUCUGGUAAACUUCACAGAUAGAGCUGUUUUAAAGUAAGUGUAGCCAGCGAAAACACGUUGAUUUUGCGGGAACAGAGCUGUGGUGCCAUCUCUCACUGUAAUGGCAAACUAAGGCACGCACCAUGUUUGACCCCAAUGUAGUGACAGACGGCACGACUAUUUCAUUGCAGCUAAAUCAAGUUUUGUUCAUUCCUUUUUUUUUUCUCUGCCAUUACCAACAAUUACGCAUACUUCUUGUUUAUUCUAGACAAAACAGGCAAAUACCACACACAAAUAUGAUGUUAAAUUGCGUGCACCUUGAAAUGUCAUAUGCACGGAUCUCUGGGUCUGCCAGCUACCGCGUUGUCUUCAAAGGCAAAAGACACUGUGCAGUGGAACAGCACAGAAUAGAUUUAAUGAAUAGCGCGAGCCAGCAGCUCGUGAUGAGCAAAUGGGAUGUGAUGGCGAGCAGCUGUCUGCUAAGUGCAAGAAAGAAGUUGGAACAAGGUCUGUGCAACAUUUGAAGGGUAAAAAACCAUUUGUUUAGCCGGAAUCUAUAUCUAGCACUCUUAUUUAAUGGGAAAAUGAGACAUCCACCAAAUUCGUAGCAAUUACUACAAAGGAAACCCAUACAGGUUCCUCGAAAGAAAAGCCUCGCAGUUGAAGAAAAAUUCGUCCUGGUCAUAUUUGCCCAACAUUGAAUUCAAAGGCCUGUACUGAGUAUGCUUUACAAAGAUUUGUUGUGUGCAACUUCGUGUGCAGUCAAACGGGCUCAGCUUCUGCAAGGGUGCAUCACUGUCAAGCUUCAAGGCCAGUUUCUUUCGAAUCUCAGCGGCUUGUGUGCUCUCUGUGUUCACAGCAGUCAGCAGACCAAUUGAAGUGCUGACACCUCAUUUGGGCAGCACUAAUUGGAUGAUGAAGACGAGCCAAACCUAACAGAUCAAAGGGUGUGAUCAACUGCUCAGCACAGAUUUUGUGGCUGAUUGGCAGACCGUUAAUGUCAGCUUGUUAGGCAUUCAUAUAUAGGCAGCGGGCAAAACAGUCCUCGUUUGUAAAAUAUUGGACUGCUGAUCGGCCAUAGACGGUGCAUAUAUUAAACCCGUGUCUGUAGCAUGGUGUUGUUGAAAAGCUGCUCUUGAUUGUAGUCGUUCACGGAGCAUUUUUUAUCGUCAUCACUAGCCUGAAAAAAAGGAAAAUGUAUGGAACUGCAGUCAAAACUCCAUGUCAGCUUCCUUUAAAGUUUUGUGCGUGAAGUGAACGGCAAGCGUGUAUGUUAUGCGGUCAUCGUUUAUUCAUGCUUGACGAUGAUUUUGCAUCUGCUACUGUAGGCAGAGCUGAAAAUAACAAACAUCACUCAUAUAGAACAGCAAAGCUCAGGCCUAAGUUAUGGUCAAGUGGAUACAGCUUGUGGCCCUAUGCUUUUAAAUGCGUGACUUUACUUUUUUUUUAUGGGCCAGUGUACGGCAGUAGAGUGGUCAUGGCAUUUCUCAGAUGGUUUGUAAGUGUUUGCUUCAGUUUUUCGUUUGACACUUGUUACGAUCUUGCAACCAGUGUAGUUUUUACUGUUUCAUACUCACAUUUACUGACAUUAUUAUUUACUCCGAAUAUUCUGUGGUAAACUAGUCAACAUCCUCUUAAAGGAGUAGCGACACAACAUGUGUUGCCCUUGUUCACUUUCGGUAUAACUGAUAUCCGUUCAGUAUUUCAUAAGCGAAACCCAUGGAGUUUCCUACAGAGAUUACUACGAGGCAAUUUAUACUAGUGUCUACAGAAGGUGCAGGCAUGCCUGCAAUGCUGUACUCAGAAUUACGGGUAGUGCAUGGAUUUGACUAAACUUAAUCCUUUUGGCUUCAAACAACUAUGUGGCUUUUCAGAUGAGCCAUUGAAAAAAAAAUAUUGCAUUAUGAAUGCAACAAUUUGCAAUAGUUAUUCGUGCGUGCAUAGACUUUUGGCCUUCAUGCUUUUAGAAAAACAUUAUUGCUUUAAAAUUUAGGAAAAUGAGGUGUAAUGAAUAAUGUGACAAGAAUGUAUCAGACCACAAGCAGGAAGGUCAAGACUAAUUCAUGUGUAUUACUACCCGUUAUUGCUAUGAUUUUUUAACAAUCUCAGCACAGGAGUUCUCUCUAAGUAAGUAGAAAACUCUGUGUUGUAGUCUAUUUAUAUUUAUAUGUUGGCCAUCUUCAGUGUCCCUUUAAUAGCACAGGAGACUGCAUUCAUAUUUUCACACGGUGUGGUUUGUGAUACCACUUGAUCGCAGGCUGUGGCCAUCAUGAUGUUUCUUCAACCCACAAAGCCAUGCUGAAAUUGGUGCACUUUCUGAACCGAUUGCGUUAAAGAUCAUACUUUCUUCUUGCGCUAUGUCUUUUUUCUUGCGAGUGAGCAGCAGCAAUCGUCAUGGGUUGACUUUUCAUUGUUGUUUCUUGGUGUGUGUGUGUGUGUGUUUUCUUUCUUUCUCACUUAUAUUUUAAUCUGAUCCUUACCUUAUAUAUAUAUACAUGAUCUGACAGUAAUAAACUACUAGUUGAUGUUUGUCUGUCCAUUCUUUCUGUCCCCGUCUUUUUCUACCACAUAGCGCAAGAAGAAAGAAUGAACAGUCACCGACUAGUAGCCCCUUUCAUUACACAUUAUAAAGAAUUACAAAUAAUUGUUUGCCACAUGCCUGGAGCAGCUGAGGCUUCACAUUGUGAUCAGUGGGUUGAUGGCUGCAUCUUAGAGCUUAAACAUUUUGUUUCAGUACUCCUUUGAGAAGAACAGUAUACUAAAACUUGUAGCUUGUGUGACUUGUUGCUUGAAAACCUGUUCUGGUGGCAGCUGAAAGGGGGCGUCCGACAGCGCUAGCUAGCUAAGCGGCAAACAGGUCAGAGGAAGUAGAUGCAUACAAAAAUUUUAUGUGGUGGAAAUUGGGACAAGGGGAGGGGGGGGACAGCUAUACAUAAUGUUUCUUGGUCAUAAUAACAUGCAUGGAGGAAGUGAGGCAAAGGGUGGCGAAAUAGGAAGGCCCGAGCUGUUUCUCAGUUGUGUCUGCAAAAUGAGGGAAUGAGUUGGCAGCAACUACAGUAACAAACACAUUAUGCAGUAAUCAAAUUAGAUGUGGCAGCAUAUACGUGGCUUAGAUUAAACAUACCGUGCCAUGGUACAUAGUAGUACUAACAGAUUUGGCCAUCAUCAUGAUAAUUCCGCAAUAAGCUACAAGUAUUGCGACACAAUGCAGCCAUACACCUGCAAAGUUGGCUUGUACUGAGCAUGAUAAUGUGACAUGUCUACAGCCAACUUCCAGCUGUAUAAUGAUAACGCGUUCAACUGUUGCAUCUGCUUUGUCAACACACCAUCCGCAGCUAAAUAGCAUCAGUGGCAGCUUUGUCAAGAGUGAGUCAUCAGCACAAUACCAAUGUCCUAAACGCUGACAAAGUUUCACGAUUUGUACUGUAUUGUGUGUGAGCAAGGCUAUUGCUUUAAAGUCUCUAUCAUUCUUUAUGUGUUCAUGUAGACAGAAAUGUCAGGUGUUGAGUUUCUCAUGUUACAUUGCUAAGCACAUGUCAACAGGUUUUUGCAUCUUUGUCUUACAUGCACGUGCAAGAUAUGAAAGUUGUCUAAAUUGAUUACAUGGGUGACGAGUGCAGUUGCAGUGUGUUUCAUUUACACUACAUCUCAAACACAUGUCAUUUGUCACCUCUGUCGUAAAUACUUGCAGCAGAGUAGUCGCAGCUAUACUUUUGCCUUUGCAGCUCAGUUCCAGAGUUAUCAAGGCUAAAAUUGGGCUUGGAUGGACAUCUUGGGAGAGAACGGUCAGCAGCUUGUAAGCAACUGUGAUGCGCCUCGGUCAUCACUCUGUGAAUUUGCACUUUCACUUGACAUCUUUAAAAUGAUGGUAUCCCAUCUGCACCUUGGCUGUCUGCUACCUCAGAUUGUGUGCGAAUUUGCUGCUGCUCAUCUGUGCAGGGCACAUUUGUGGUUCUCAUGCAUGCCCUGAAAGGUGUGCAUCAUUUUCUUUCGUUUGAUUUUUAAUGCCGAUUUUGGUGCCACACUAGUUUUGAGAGCCAGCAGAAGACAUCAGCGCUGAUGCAAAAAAUCAGGCAUUGUUAAGAGUUUUAUUUAUUUUUAUUUAUUUACAAAUACUGCAGGCAGCAAGUGCUGCCAAGAAGAAGAUGGUUAAGGUGUUAAUAGACUGUUCAAAAGCUUCAACUCUCUGCCCAUUGCUUUACAGAAGCACUGGGCAGAGAGUUCCACUCAUCAAUUGAUCGAGGAAGGAAAAGGUGUUGGAGCAGCUUUCUUCGUGCAAGGUAUGGCCAUAAAUCACAAGAGUAAUUAGACCUCGAUGACCUUGUGUGUGUGGGUAGUAAAUCAGCUUCACAAUUUAAACCGAUUUUGUUAUGAUAUGACUCCAGCACUGUGCUAUGUGCAGGCCAAGCGUGGCCAGGAGCGUCUAUAAUCUGCUGGCAAAUGAUGCAGACUGCAGGACAGGCACUUUCGGAAAGGCUACAGUUGCCUAAUGCACAAGGCAUGGCAUUUCAAUCAGGACCUUGCAAAGGCAGCACUGAAUUGACCGGUUAUUAAUGACAGCAUGGGAACGAGAUUAUAAAAGUAUUGGUGAAGGUCACUUGAAGGAAAACCUCAAGCGUCACCUAGAACAGAUAAUUGACCCAAUGACAAUGACAUAGACAGCUCGAUGAAGUGUUAAGGAUGGCACAGUGAGAACACAGGGACCCAUACAUAGCAGAUGGUGAUGAUUACUGCGACAGACACCACAGAUGCUGAGGAAAAUAACCCUUAUCAGUUGAGAUGGUACAGGUGUGCUUAAGAACACAUCGUAAAUGCAAAUUAUACAGCUCUAACCAGCACCGCUUGCACACAUUAAAUGUGUGCAUGUGAGUGAAUGCACAAAUUAUCCCUGCAAUUCUGGUAGUGAAGAAUUACGGAGCUAUGUAUAAGAGUUGGUCUUUGUGCCCAUUGCUUGUUGACAGGCUACUCCGCAUAUGCCAAAAGCCAUGUACUCCAUAAAUUGCAUUUCAGUGGGCUAUGAUAGCACACAAGAUGUGUGUCAAAUCAUACAUCUUUCACUCAAGUACUUUCUGUUCAGAAUCUCAUUUUUGGUCGUUCAUCUAGGCAGUAUCAUUAUAGUAGCAUUUACCUGGUUGGGAUGAGUUGGUUUAAUGGCAGUCUAAAAUAUAGUUACCAUGCUCGCAAAAAUACUGCCAAAUCGGACAAGCAGGUAUUAAAAGUCUGUUAUCUUGAGCCUCUAUCAAGGAUAAAUUUUCAUUCGAAUUGCUUGUCGAUGUGCAUGUGUGUCUUCAUAGCAGUAAAAUAUUGCAUUUGCAUGGUCAUGUUUUGUUGGCCCAGGUGUAGUCUCAUAAACACAAAAUAGCACCUAGCCUAACAUCCAUUUUUAUUAGCUUCUGUUGGGUUUGCAUAAACACACCAAUCACCUGGAGUGAUGUUGACUAGCGAAUUGGGACAGUUUCACCCCUGCUAAUUGCAUGCUUCUUGUUCAUCCACAUUUCUCUUGACUGCUUUACUUGUUCAUUGUCCUUGUGUUAUAUUCACCAAGGGCAUGUUCCAAAUGUUUGUGUAGAUAGCUAGAUCCCCAUCUUGGACAGACGGCCACCAUCUGAAGUACUGUUCUAAUCUUGGCAUAGACAGUGAAAACGGCAUCGAGGAGACAGCAUUGAAGUUUGCAACAAUGCAAGAUAUAUAAUUUGCUGUCUAUCAAGCAAAUGUCACUAACAAGUAAUAAGAAUGGUGAAGACUAGACAAAUGUUUGUGUUGAAAACACAUUGACAUGGCUGAGAUGUAAAGCCUUCUUAAGAUUGAAUGCUAUUUAGGCAAGAGUCACCAGUCUUGGGAAAACGUAGGUUUCAAAACGCAGUGUGCACGAGUAAUCUGACUGCAUGUAACCGGUAAAAUGCAAGAGAGAUAAGUGACAUUUUACCUCCACUAGUUUUUGAUGAAAAUUACUCGCGCAACCUUUUGAUUUACCUUUGAAUCAAAAAUUGGGCAAGGGCAAUGUCAAGGCGUGGCAGGUUUCCUGGCCACAUUGAAGCAGAAGGCACAGAACUUGCCCUUUCCUGCUUAAGAUUUAAUGUUUGCUGUUGCAUAUUCCUCACUGUUGCACUUUUGUGCUUUAGCUGACAAAAGUCAUUGCUUGAAAGAUGUGUGGUAAACUUUAUAAAUAAGCACUGCUGGAUCUGGUUGGCACGCAAAGUGCAGAACUGUGUAGCAUAAAGUAAUGGCUUUGUGUUACAUGGUGCGCUGUAAAAACAAAGCCCGUUGAAAGGUGGUGUCCUAGUGUUACGCUUUCAGGUAUUAUUUAUCAAGUUGUCUUUUUCUUUUUUUUUAGUUUAGACACGAAUUACAGUUUUUAUCUCUGCAUUAUGUAUGCAAGUGAUCUUGGCGUACUUGUGACCCUCUCCGUGCACUGCAGAAGAGCACAGGCUUGCAGUUUAGCAUCUAAUGUCCACCUACUGUUUGCAGGUCCACCCUAUAGUAGCCACCCCAAGAGCUAGCGCUGUUACGCUUGGCAGGUCCAAGACACAGCUGCAGUAAAUUAGGCAGUCGUGCCACUGAAGGUUGGCAAGUGACCUCGCAAGGUUCAACCUCAUCUCAACUUCAAAUCAGAUUGGAUUACCUUUGUCAGCCUCAUCUGGUGAGGUAGAGCUGCUUUCAAGAGACGGCACCUCAUCUUUUAGCUGCCGCCAGCAACAUCACGUCAAUGUAAUCUCAACCUAAUUUUGCGAGUUUGAGGUUGGGUCUUUACAUAUUAAGUAAAGCUGAAUGUACUGCAACUUAUUUUUCCCAUGCACAAACCCAUGUAAAAGAUCCAAAGCCCUUGGUACAGGUGCCUGAAAGCCACUAGCAAAUCAAACUUAGUGCUUUAUAAAAGUGCCUAUUCAGUAGAAGAUUUCAGCUGUGAAAUGCGCUACGUUGGAGCAUCUUAGGGAAUAGGUCGACUAUACCUAAAUGUAGGCAUGUUUCUGAAGAUGUGGAAAAUUUGUAUUGCAAGAAAGUCGACUAAGUAGUGCCCUUGAGAAGCUGCCGAAAAUAGACCUCAAAUCUCAACCUCACCAAUCUUUGAACACUCUCAAACUUGUGCACAUGGCCGAGCUGAAAAUGGUCAACUCACGAAAUUUCUGGGGGUCGCCUACCUCACCUCACUUGGUAUGGCUGAGGUCAGCCUCAUGUGACAGGAACUUUGCAAGGUUGCCCGCCUUUGAUUGCUCCCACAAGAAGCAUGAGCAGCCAAAGAAGGGCUGUAUUGUUCAUCCAUACUUUUUUCAGAGCACUCUUCACUCACUGCUGCACAUUUUGGGACACUCAGUGAGCAGCAACACAGACCUUUGCUAAGAACUCUGCUGCGCAAAAAAUGUUUGCCAGCAUUUGGAAGCAUUUAGUUGUACGAGUUCUAGUCAAUGUAUCACUCUCCAGCCUCGCCUUUUUUGAGCCACAAGAACUGUUGCUUUGUUGUUGCAUAUUUCUUCAAUGAUGUGAGGAUACACGAGUCUUUUUUGCUGGCAAUUGAACUGUACUUUUCAAAGUUAACUGGGAUGUCAUUAAAUGUAUGUGGUGCA